AACCCUAUGUAGAUGACUUUUAAAAACCGCCAACAACAAUUCUUCGCGUUAGCCCAAUCCAACACUCAACGGAAUCAAACUUUUCAGUUCCCAAUCUCUUGCUCGCCUUCCAUUCAUUCGCGUCGGUUAAUCUUUCCAAAGGUAUCAUGGAGUGGAGAGUUGGGCUCUUAUUUCUUUUUCUGUUGGGUGCUAGCUGGGGAUGUGAUGCUAGAAAAUUGGGAGACUCCGAGUAUAUUGUUGUUCAGAUUAGCAAGCAGGGGCAGGUACAGGGUGGAGCUAUAGAAAAUGAUAAUGUGUGCACACUGUGUGAGGAAUUUGCAGCCGAGGCAGUUGAUUACCUUGCCAACAACAAGACCCAGACUGAGAUCAUAGACAUGCUUCACAUGAGCUGCUCUCGUUUGGCUUCUUUCAAGCAGCAGUGUAAAACUUUGGUGGACUAUUACGCUCCUCUCUUCUUCUUGGAGAUCUCCACAGUGCAACCUUCAGAUUUCUGUAAAAAGGUCAACCUCUGUCAACAAAUGGCAAUCUUUUCUUCACAACUACACGAAGAUAGCUGUGGGCUUUGUCACCAUGCUGUUUCAGAAUUACUAGUCAAAUUGAAAGAUCCGGACACACAGCUUGAGAUACUUGAGCUGCUUUUGAAGGGAUGUAAUUCCAUGCAGAACUAUGUCAAGAAGUGCAAGAAGAUGGUCUUCGAAUAUGGGCCACUGAUCCUUACGAAUGCAGAGCAAUUUCUGGAAACAACUGAUGUAUGUACCAUGCUUCAUGCCUGCAAUUCGCCUACUACUGGCAGCUUGCCUAGCAGCAGUGAGCAAGUAGCGGAGGUGGUGAAGGUAUUGGCCGAUUCAUAAUUAUUGCCGAUCCAGGAUGACCAGAACGGAAUUACACGCUUCUUACAUACUGUGUAAAAAUUUUUACUUUCAGAAAUGAUUGUACAACAAUUAAAUUAUGGCAUAAUUGUGCUUCUGGUGUGUACUGUAAAGUGUAUCUUGUAUUGAAAUUUGAAUGCUAGUCUGUAACCUAUCCCAGGAACCGGAAAUACAAAAAAAAACCAUAGUCUGAAAAAUGCUCUCUGCCGUUGCCAGAGUUAGAUCACUGAAAUUAUUAUUUGUUUGUUUUUGGGGUUGAA